AUGUCCUCCGGUGACAGCUCGGAGCAGAGCCGGCGGGUCAGCGUGCUGUCUUGGGAUCAGGUGCGGCGUUUGGACUCCAUCCUGGGGGAGAGCGUACCGAUCCACGGCCGCGGAAACUUCCCCACGCUGUCCGUGCAGCCCCGGCAGAUCGUUCAGGUGGUCAGGGCUCGACUGGAGGAGCGGGGCGUGGUGGUACGUGAUGUGAAGCUCAACGGCUCGGCGGCCAGCCACGUCCUUCACCAGGACAACGGCCUUGGCUACAAAGACCUGGACCUGAUCUUUGGACUGAGUCUGACCGAUGACAAAACCUUCCGACUGGUGAAGGACGUGGUGCUGGACUGCCUGGUGGACUUCUUGCCUGAAGGGGUGUGCAGGGAGCGAAUCACGGCCCUCGCCCUGAAGGAGGCGUACGUGCAGAAACUGGUGAAAGUCUGCAACGACACGGACCGCUGGAGCCUCAUCUCGCUGUCCAACAACACCGGCAAGAACGUUGAACUGAAGUUUGUGGACUCCCUGAGACGGCAGUUCGAGUUCAGCGUCGACUCCUUCCAGAUCACUCUGGACUCGCUGCUGCUCUUCGAUCGCUGCUCGGAGACGGCCAUGUCCGAGACGUUUCACCCAACGGUGCAGGGGGAGAGCAUGUAUGGAGACUUUGAGGAAGCACUGGGUCACCUUCGCUCCAAGACCAUCGCCACCCGCAGCCCAGAAGAGAUCCGGGGCGGCGGCUUGCUCAAGUACUGCCACCUGCUGGUGCGUGGCUUCCGGCCGGCCUCCGAGGCGCAGAUGAAGCAGAUGCAGCGCUACAUGUGCUCGCGCUUCUUCAUCGACUUCCCCGACAUAAGCGAGCAGCAGAGGAAACUGGAGACGUAUCUGCAGAACCACUUUGCAGGCAUGGAGCACAAGCGCUAUGACUACCUGGUGACGUUGAGGCGAGUGGUGGAUGAAAGCACUGUGUGUCUGAUGGGCCACGAGCGCCGCCAGACGCUGGCACUUAUUUCUGCCCUGGCGCUGCGCGUGAUGGCCGAACAGAACGCUAUCCCCGCUUUGGCCAACAUCACCUGCUACUACCAGCCCGCUCCCUAUGUCAGAGACGUCAACUUCAGCAAUUACUAUGUGGCACAAGUUCAGUCACCCAUGGCGGCGUGCAGUAACUCUUAUCAAACGUGGCUGCCUUGCAGCUGAGUAGUGACUUUACAGACGUGUGGAGAGCUUUCUGUUGUAACUUAACAUUGAUGUUAGUUGAGCAUUCGUUACCUGUAAUGUCCACAGCGAGCAACAGCGUCGUGUUCUGGCUCCAUCUUAGUUGCAGGAAACAAUCUGCUGCCCUUCUACCCAGCGUGAGCGUGUCCACUGAGUUUGAGAGCUCUUCCCAGCUCCGAUAUCCUUUUGGCUCUGGUCUGUUUUUGCUGGACCGACUAGCAUUCUGAAGCAUGAAAUACUCUCAUGAAUGUAUAAGAAGCCUGUAUUAAGUAAAUAUCGUGCACCAUUUCAUUUGUUAUUGACUUAACACAUUUUUUUCUUGUUUGUAAUGACUGUAAGAGAGACAAAUAGAAAAACAAAAAAUACGAGAAGGGAGACAGCAUCAUUCUGUUUUGUCCUGCAUUCUCUGAUCAAUUCGUUACACGGUCGCUCUCGUUUACAUUUUUUAUGUUUCCGUUCAAUGCCCACAGCUGUGCAGUGAAAUCUGUGAUAUUUACGUCUAAAUUGAGCGAUGACAGAAAAAGCUGAAAGGGUUGUCAUGAUAAAGUACAGCCAAACAACUUCUAAACCAGCUGCAAAUGUGUGUUUAAUAUGCUGUUAAAAACAUUUUUUUUAAAAAUCCGAGAAGCAACUCAGCUCAGCCGGAAAGCAGCUGGAGCUCAGUCGGAAUGAGACGUAUCCGGAUCAUGGACAUAUGGUGUCAGAAUGCUCCGUUUGUCUGUAGCAAUGUGGCUUUUUUUUGUUUUCUUGCCCUUUGUGGAUAAAAAAUGAAUUCAUCUUUGUUUUUUUUUUGCCAAAUCUCAUAUGAAAACCGUUCCACUAAGUUAUAUUGAUUAAUACUGCUGUAAAAAAACAAAA